UACACAUGUUGCGUAAGACUGUGUGUUAUAUGCUAUUAAAUGCAGCUUCGGAAAACAUGAGGAAGUCCUCUCUUUGUCGUGAACAGAAUGGUUUGAAGAAGGGUUCAUGGACAGCAGAAGAAGAUCAAAAGCUAGUUGAUUAUGUUCAAAAACAUGGUCAUGGGAGAUGGAGAACCCUCCCUAAACAUGCUGGACUCAAGAGGUGUGGAAAGAGUUGCCGGCUUCGGUGGACAAACUACUUGAGACCAGACAUCAAGAGGGGGAAGUUCUCAAUUGAGGAAGAAGAGACCAUCAUACAAUUGCAUAGUGGCAUGGGAAACAAGUGGUCUGCUAUUGCGUCUCACUUGCCAGGAAGAACGGACAACGAGAUAAAGAACUACUGGAACACUCACAUAACAAAAAAACUACUGAGGAUGGGUAUUGAUCCUGUUACUCAUGCACCAAGGCUCGAUCUCCUCGAACCCUCCUCUUCAUUACUCAUCAACCCCCCUCAAUUUGAUCUUCCAAGUCUUCUUAGUAUUCGAUCUUACCUUAAUCCAGACAUUCUUAAUCUCGCCACCACUCUCUUGUCUUGCCAAGACAAUUUCAAGACCCAAGAAAUGGUAACUAGUAUGCAACAAAACCAGCUUCAAAGUCCAUUUCUACCACAAUCCCAACUCAUGCAAGUCACCAACUCUAGCUCAAUCCUACCUUAUUUUGGGCAUGAUGUUAAUAUUAAUGGACAUCAGCCUUACAAUAACCUUGCAAAUUACGGUUAUGAUGAGUCAAAACAAGGUACGGUGUCUCAAAACGGGGCGUUUUGGUGCAACAAUUUAGGUUUUGGAUCAUCGAGCUCGAUUACUCCGUUGAAUUCGUCUGGUACGAGUUAUGUGAACGGAUGCACAAGUACUGAAGAUGAGAGGGAUAGUAACUGCAGUAAAAUCUUGACGUUUGAUUUUCCAAUGAGUGGACUGGAUGUCAAUGGACUUGCAUAACCGGAUCACUGGGAGAGCAGUUGUGUGCAGUGCACUGACUUAAUUUGUUGACGUUGAGGGAUACCCAACUGAGUUAUUAAGAAUUUUUGACUUGGAAUCUAUUGAUUGUAACUCUAUCAUCUCUAUUUGAGCUUUUUAAUGAACUUGUUCAAUUUUAUUGUUUUGA